ACGAUAGUCUUUUUUCGCAAACCCAACCACGCCACUUCCGGCCUCGUUUUCAAUGCAACGUGUUUCUACGACUAUUCGUCGCGCAAGCGCACUAUUUUCCUUUCGGUCGACGUUGAAAGGCAACACUCGAGCUCCUCCGCAUUUGGUGUUUAAUACUGCUUUCUUCACUCAAAACCGAAGCAUGUCUUAUUCAAUAAUUGAGAGAGGAAAACCAAAUACCUUGGACUACAGAGUAUAUUUCUCCGGUCCAAAUGGAGUCGUUUCGUCCUUUCACGACAUACCAUUAUUCGCCAACAAAGAUGCAGGAGAAAUGAACAUGAUAGUUGAAGUGCCGAGAUGGACCAACGCCAAGAUGGAGAUCGAUACAAAGAGUAAAAUGAACCCGAUAAAACAAGACGUAAAGAAAGGUGCUCUUCGAUAUGUGAAGAAUUGCUUUCCUCACCAUGGCUACAUUUGGAAUUAUGGUGCUUUACCUCAGACUUGGGAAGACCCUAAUCACUUUGAUGAGAGAACCAAUGCUAACGGUGACGGAGAUCCAUUAGAUAUAUGUGAAAUCGGUUCCAAGGUCAGAAAACUUGGAGAUGUUGUUACAGUUAAAAUCUUAGGAACUUUAGCUAUGAUUGACGAAAAUGAGACCGAUUGGAAAAUAAUAGCGAUUGACGUAACAGAUGAGCUAGCACCAAAAUUGAACGAUAUAUCAGACGUAGACAAAUAUAUGCCAGGAUUUUUGAAGGCCACCUAUGAAUGGUUCAUGAUUUACAAAGUACCUGACGGUAAACCAAGAAACACAUUCGCAUUUGAAGGAGAAUUCAAAAAUAAGGAAUUUGCUUUAGAAAUAAUUAAGGAAACACAUGUUCAAUGGCAAAAGCUCCUAGCUCAGCAAUGUGAUGCAUGUGGAUUGGCCUGCGAAAAUGUAUCAGUAGCCGGAAGUCCAUAUAGGGUGUCCCAUGAAGAAGCAAAGCAAGUUGUUGAGAGCCAACCAGAGUUAGGCUCACCCGAGGCUCUUCCACAAAGUAUGCAUAAAUGGUACUACAUCCCAAGAGUGGAGGAAAAUGACAAGAAAGAUGAGUAG